AUGAGCAACUGGGCGAGGCGAAUGCACCGGCGAGCUGCAACAUUAAGCAAUGUGGUUACAUCUUGUGGUCAUCCGAACUCCUUGCCGUAUCCUCGGAGACUUGAGAAGGUUAAAUUCGGUGUUCCUCUGAGUGAAGUGUGCAAGGACGAUAUACCAGGACCGUUGUUGGUGCUGAUUUUGAAAUUGAACAAGGAAGCACCUUUACGCCGCGACGUUUUUUCGAGCGCCAGGACACCAAGUGUUCUCAAGAAGUUUCUUAGGAAAAUACCAGGGCUCCCGGGGGAACAGCAGACUGAUGCUAUAAGGAGACAGAUAUUGUCGCUGCCCGUAUGUACUCAGAGAUUGCUGGUUCUACUUUUCGGCACAUUCCGUGUGAUGGCUUCAAACGCUGAUAAAGCUGGAACUGGCAUGACAUCAGAAGCCCUGGGCGUGUCUGUCGCACCAUCCUUCUUCCACUCAUGCGUAUCAGAUGGGAAGACAGCCACCAUGGAAGACGUACAACGCUUCAAGGCCGAAGUAUCCGUCGCAACUCGUGUGAUGCGUCAGCUGAUAGAACAGUUCAGUGCUGGCGAUCUGUUCGGUAGAGAGAACUAUGAGUACUACGCGAGGGUGACUGGCAGGGUGUUGAGGGUGAGGGAUGAGUGGAUCUGUUCCUUCAGGGACCCGCCGCCGCCUAGACACCAUAGAGACCAGGAGGCGUAUGCUAGGCAAUUAUCUUUGGAGGCUGAGAAGACUUGGCUUCAGUGUGAAUGUGAUCGCUGGGGCAACAAGUUUAAGUUAGAAGGUCUAUCAAAAUCCGAGGAGUGUCAAUCAAUGCCGGCCCUGAUGGGUGCUGUGGGUGGUACAGGCGCUUCCACUGGUCUUGGUAUAAUACCAGAACACAGCCUGCUCGACUCAUGCACCAGACUAUCUAUAUCGCUGGAGGAGAGCAUCUUUAAGGUGUCUGUGAGUUCUUCUUCCCAGUCAUCUCGCAGUAACUCCAGCCCUCACAUGACCUUGGAGGAACUCCGCGCCAUCAAUAAGUACGCUGAGAGUACAAAGAGCCUCUCAUACCUGCCUCAGGUGCACGAGCGGCAGCGGGGCGCGGAUGAGGACGCGCUCCGAGUGGUUCCUGCAGCCCGCUGUUUCUCUGGACGCCCGCCCGCGCGCAAGUACGCCCCCGCCCGCACUAGCGACCCACCCCAACCCGCUCCCCCGCCGCCGACAUCGCGCCACGGCCGCCGACAGGGCUAUCUACGUGCUUGUAGCAUGUUUAGAGUUCUUUGUUCUAGCUAUCGGCGGGUCGCGUCGUCGAUCGAGGCGCGCGCGCAUGUGUGCCGCGCCCACACGCAUUCAGACACUGAGGUGCCGCUCGCUAUCCAGCCUCGUCAAGUGACGGCCAGGUAA